UCUGCAAAUUUAAUCGUUAAUUCCACAAUUUGUUUCAACAUGGCAGCCGUGGUUGCAGUACUAGCUUUCGUCUUUCUCUCUAUGUUUCCAAUUUCAUCUCAUGUCAGAGCACUGAGCUCGAACUACUAUGACCACUCCUGUCCUCACCUCGAGUCCAUUGUUGGGAGUGCUGUGAAGAAAGCGGUGUCGAGUGACAAAACCGUUCCAGCUGCGCUACUUCGAAUGCACUUCCACGAUUGCUUCAUCAGAGGCUGCGAUGCUUCGGUGUUGCUGAACUCCAAAGACAAAAACAAGGCAGAGAAAGAUGGACCUCCUAACAUUUCUUUGCACGCAUUUUAUGUCAUCGACGAGGCAAAGAAGGCUUUGGAAGCUUCAUGCCCCGGCAUCGUUUCUUGUGCUGAUAUCUUGGCCCUGGCUGCCAGGGAUGCAGUUGCUCUGUCGGGCGGUCCAACGUGGGAUGUGCCUAAAGGAAGGAAGGAUGGAAGAAUUUCCUUGGCAACUGAGACUAGACAGUUACCAGCUCCCACAUUCAAUAUCUCCCAGCUACAACAGAACUUUGCUCAGAGAGGUCUCUCCAUUGAAGAUCUAGUUGCUCUCUCAGGUGGUCACACACUGGGAUUCUCCCACUGUUCUUCAUUCCAAAACAGGAUCCACAAUUUCAAUGCCACCCUCGAUGUCGACCCAACGAUGCAACUGUCUUUCGAGGCCAGGUUAAGGAGCGUGUGUCCCGCACAUAACAAGGUAAAAAAUGCAGGGUCACCGCUGGAUUCUACCAACUUCGUAUUUGACAACGCAUACUACAAGUUGCUUCUCCAGGGGAAGAGCAUCUUCUCUUCGGAUCAAGCUUUACUCACUUCCCCAAAAACCAAAACAUUGGUUUCGAAAUUUGCGAGCUCCCAAAAGGCUUUUGAGAAGGCUUUCGUUGAUUCCAUGAUCAAAAUGAGUAGCCUCACCGGUGGCCAAGAGAUCAGGCUAGACUGCAGAGUCGUUGGGUGAUUUUGAAGUAUGAAUUGCCUUCCGUCGAAGUGGACGG